GCCAUUUGAAAUGAGGAGGAGAAAGGGGAAGCACAAGUAGCGGCAGCACCAGCAGCGAGGAGAGGAGAGGGGGGAGUGAUGAGUCAAUACAACUAAUAAUUUAAUGGGGACAGAGAGGGAGAGACGGAGUGAGAGGGGGAGAGACAGAGAGGGAGAUAGAAAGAAAGAGGAGCUCCGUCCGGACGCCAAUCCCCAACCAACAGGACACCUCCUACUAUUACUAUCGCAGGCAGCUCUCCUAUGCGUCCACAGCAAGCCUUAUUUAUCCUCGACAUCGGAAAGUAGACCGCACUUUUUGACCCCCCUCUCCUUGUUUUAUUUUGCGGACCUGUUUCUCGACUGUCCGCAUAUCGUCUCCACAUCGCCUCGAUAGGAAGAUCUCACUGUCGGUUAUUAUUAUUAUUAUUUUUUCUCUCAUUCUCUCUGCCGGUAGUCAAAUCUAGCUAAACCGACGUGAAGCUAUUUUUGUGUACGUUGGUCCCUCCGUGAACAUACACAGCGAGGGUUUACUGGGUCUCGGCGGCGGUUAUUAUCAUUACAACUGUGCCCGAGGUGCUGGGGUUCAUACUGGCGACGGCUAACUGUACUGUACGGCUGCCUGCCUGCCUGCCGAUGGAGCGAUUUGGAUGUUGUGGUGCGAACUAAAGCAGAAGUCGCCUUCACUUGUAACCGAUGGACGCGGCUAACCGCUCACUUUGUGCUAAAUGUCGCCGGUUCUAACGGUUUCGGUUGCCGUUCUUUUCCUCCAGUUGGACGGAAUUAGCUAACGAUAGGGCUAAACGGACACCACACACACACACACACACACAUAUAUAUAUAUACACACACACUCUCACACACACAUAACCGCUUACCAAUGUUCGCCUAUCACGGUCCAUCUCGACCUCGUCGUCUCUGCCACAGACCUGGGUUGUUGUUUUUUCGCACCGCCUGUCAGUCCUCUGCGAAGAAGAGCAGGAGAAAGCGUCUGUUUAAGCACUGAUUUUUUUAAAUUAUUCAUUUUUUUAAAUUUUUUUUCAAAGAUAACCGUUUGCUGUCAUGCACACGUAAAGAGAGAGGGAGACGCUGAGAGAGAUAAGGAGAGAGAAACCGGGAGUUGUUUUGGGGGUUCUUUCCUCCCCCCCCCCCCCUUUUCUAUCCUGGCCAAACUUGAAGAAGACGCGUUUUCCAGGCGGCGUUAUAUGCUCCCCAGUGCUGAAGUGCUGCGUUUCAGGUGAUAGUGAGCAGAGGUGCUGAGAAUGAUGGACCAUCUCAGCGAGGCGUGUUUAGGCAAGGAGAACUCUGAGCUGGUCAACAGCAUGGGGGAGGCCAAGGCCCCGCCUGCCAAGCUGCCCCGGCUCGAGCAGAACGGCAGCCCCCUGGGCCGGGUCAGGCUGGGCAGCACCGGGGCCAAACUAGCCGGGGUUCCUUACAAACCCACCGGCCACCUGCUAAAGACCUGUCACAAGAGAGGCAACAUGCUGCCUGUGUUCUGUGUGGUCGAGCACUAUGAGAAUCCCAUGGAUUUUGAUAGCAAGGAGGAGCAUGCCGAGUUCGUCCUGGUGCGUAAGGACAUGCUCUUCAACCAGCUCAUCGAGAUGGCCCUGCUGUCACUGGGCUACUCCCACAGCUCAGCGGCCCAGGCCAAAGGCAUGAUUCAGGUGGGGAAGUGGAACCCCGUGCCCCUGUCAUACGUGACAGACGCACCGGAUGCUACAGUGGCUGACAUGCUGCAGGACGUCUACCACGUUGUCACGCUUAAGAUCCAGCUGCACAGAAAUCUAGCCAGUAACACCUUAAAUUGUUUCGCCGAGCACAACGAGCCAGGAAGUUGUCCUAAGCUGGAGGACCUGCCACCCGAGCAAUGGAGCCACUCUACAGUAAGAAACGCCCUCAAGGAGUUACUCAAAGACAUGAAUCAGAGCUCUCUGGCUAAAGAAUGUCCCUUAUCACAGAGUAUGAUUUCCUCCAUUGUGAACAGCACUUACUAUGCAAAUGUGUCGGCGGCGAAGUGUCAGGAAUUUGGGCGCUGGUAUAAACAUUUCAAGAAGACAAAAGAUAUGAUGGGCAUGCGCCAACCCUCCCAGCUGGAGGGCUACCUGGGGACGUGUGUCCUCCGUGAGAGCCCGCGUGCCAAUGCACUAGAGAUGGAUGGCCUGUCUGACCUCUCUCCACCUGGCUCUAAUCACAACCACAACCACAACCACCUGGGCUUCUCCCAGCAGCAGCAGCCCAUCCCCGGCAGCACAGCAGAGCAGACUCCUUCCUCACCAGUGCCCCCGCUGUCUCACGCUCCACCAUCACAUGGUGGCCAGACUGGCGGCCGACAGCCCCAGCUUCCCGGUCUACACCACCCAGGCCUGGUGUCCACGCCCAUCAGUCCCCAGCUGGUCAACCAGCAGCUUGUGAUGGCUCAGAUCCUGAACCAGCAGUAUGCAGUGAACCGGCUGCUGGCGCAGCAGUCCCUGUCGCAGCAGUACCUCAACCACCCACCUGUUAGCCGCAGCUCCCACAACAAGCCCCUGGAGCCACAGGUGGCAUCAAACACAGAGGUGUCCUCAGAGAUUUACCAGUGGGUGAGGGAUGAGCUGAAGCGGGCCGGCAUCUCACAGGCUGUCUUCGCCCGUGUGGCCUUCAACAGAACCCAGGGCUUGCUGUCUGAGAUUCUACGUAAGGAGGAAGACCCUAAAACAGCGUCCCAGUCGCUGCUGGUCAACCUGCGUGCCAUGCAGAACUUCCUGCAGCUGCCGGAGGCUGAGCGCGAUCGCAUCUAUCAGGAGGAGAGGGAGCGCAGCCUGACGGCAGCCUCAGCAAUGGGCACCGCUCCGCUCAUCAGCACUCCACCCAGCCGACCUGUACAGCCCCGGAGGGAAGACUGUAACAGCGUAAGGCCCGAGGACUGGAAUCCCCGAAUCCCCGUGGGCAUUUCCCCUGUGAAACCAUCGCCUCUUCCCAGCGAGUGGAACGGCAAAACUGAGAGCUGCAUCCUCAACAUCAACUCCAACAUCUACGAUGAGAUCCAGCAAGAGAUGAAGAGGGCCAAAGUUUCCCAGGCCCUGUUCGCAAAGGUGGCUGCCUCCAAGAGCCAGGGCUGGCUCUGUGAGCUGCUGCGUUGGAAGGAGGAUCCCUCUCCAGAGAACCGGACGCUCUGGGAGAACCUCUCCAUGAUCCGCCGCUUCCUGAGCCUCUCCCAGGUGGAACGCGACGCCAUCUACGAGCAGGAGAGCAGCGCCGGGCAACAGCACCACAACGAGCGGCCGACGCACUUGAUGCACAUCUCCAGUGACCAGCUGCAGGCUCAGCCACCCCAGUCGCAGCAGCACCAACCCUCCCUGUCCCUUCAGCACCCCUCCCAACCCCUUUUGUCCCAGCAGCCCUUGCAGCAACAGCAGCCCACCACAGGCCCUCGAUUACCGCCUCGCCAGCCCUCCACCGCCUCUCCAGCAGAGACAGAGGACGAGGGCAGCCGCGGAGGGAGCAUCAAGUCCCGUACCUGCGGAGGGAAGAUCUCCCUGGAGGCUCUGGGCAUCCUGCAGAGCUUCAUUCAGGACGUAGGCCUGUACCCCGAUGAGGAGGCCAUUCACACUCUGUCGGCCCAGCUGGACCUGCCCAAGCUCACCAUCAUUAAGUUCUUCCAGAACCAGCGCUUCUACGUAAAUCACCCAGCCAAGGCGCUCAAGGAGCCCAAUAACAACAACACCGCAGCCACCACUAACACCAACACCAGCAGCAGCAGCAGCUCGGCCUUCGAGGAGGAGCUGACGGACUUCAGGGAGAGCGGAGAGCUGCUGAAGGAGCUGGACGAGAGCACGCAGACCAAUAGCACCAUCUUCUCCAUCAAGAUUGAAGAGCAGCUGGGCCGAGGCGCAGAGGCCCAGUCAGAGUUAGAACACGAGGCAAAGGAGUAGGACUCUCCCCAUCUGAACAUAUACUGAGAGUUUUCUUGUGCACACACACAGACUGAUGACUGUGCUAAAUGUAACACUUCGGCCGACACAGAACCACCACACCGCAAAUCAAGAAAAGUAGUGUUUUUAAUCAGUACAGCGCCUGGACUAUAUGAGGAGUGUUGUUUGUUUUUUAUAUAUAUAUAUAUAUAUAUAUAUAUAUAUAUAUAUAUAUAAUAAAAUCAGUUGCAGACUGACAGGCUCUGUGAAGUGAGUGUUCUCACCAGAAAGACCAUUUCAGACUCAAGUACUACUUUUUGGAUUUUGUAAAACUUGUAUUAUUAUACACUGUAAAGACUGAUGCAUCAUUUAAAUAAUCUGCACAAAAAAUUAUUAUAAGUAUGUUGCCGUGGGUAUUUGCUGACUGCACUCUGUCUGUUGUUUUACACUGACUUACUUUAUCUUUUUGAGCUACUGAUUAUAUUUAAAAAGAAAAAAGUCUCCCUGGAGUUUGCUAGGACUUUGAUAGGUGUUUACGUAUGUGAUGUUUAACUGGAUUUAAAAAAAAAAACUAAAAAAAAAUUGAAAUCACAGACCAAGUGGUUGACAAGGCCUUAAUUAUGAGGUAUCGAGUCUGGAGCCUGCUGGCAGAUUAGUUAUUCUUUUAAAAAGCGCAUAAUGUGAUUAUGGAUCACUCUACACUCUGGAACGCGAUCACCCAGCCCAGGUGAAUCUCCGAGAAUAGCUCAGUCUUUACAUAUUAUUUGUUAGGGAGGAAAUAUAAAUAUAUAUAUAGACAUUAUAUUGUAACUGUAAAAAAAAAAAUACAGUCUUAAAGAAACUAUGCCAACAAAUGCCUUGUACUAUACGGCACUGCCGAUGUUACAUUAUUUUGCAAAACCUUUGUCACUGUAACUUUCUGAAUUGCCACACAGUUAGAAAUGUGAAUUACACCAUGUUUAUGUUGUCUGACAUUAUUUAUUUGCAGAUCAUGCAGUGUUUCUGAUGUAAUUACUUUUUUAAAAAGUUUAUGUUACGUAGAGCUUUUUUAAAAUUCCACCAAUCUAUUUUCUAUUUAUAAAUGUAAUUUCGAUGGGCAGUAAAAACAAAAAGUGUCUUAAACGUUUUAAAUGGAGAAAUGUGCUUUAAAGGUUGCCUAUAAAAAGUGCUGUAUGUCAACCAACUCAUGCUACAAGCUUCACAAUUAAUGUUGUAUGCAAUUUUUACUAUCAUGCAAAUAAGCUUAGGUAAAAUGACUAACCUAUAGAACACCUUAGAAAGAAAAACAUAUGCAAUCUGUGUGAAAAUCGAUGUCUGCGAUGUGUCUUCCUUUGGUUAACAAUCCAAUUCAAAAAGCUAUUCCUGUAUAAAUAUUCUGUAUAAAAGUGUUUCUUUUUUAUGAGUUUAUUUCAAUGAGAACACCAGUUAUUUUGUUACGACUGACUGUUUUAUAAGUGUUUCUCGGUUCCUUUCAGCAGAAAUGUUCUAACUAGAAGUGGUUAUUGAUUGUUAAUUACACAAUUAAACUGUUUGUAUUGUACCACAGAUUUCUUGGCAUUAACUUGACCAGAGUCUUUCGACACCAGAGUGGGUUUUUCUCCUCUGCCAACGAAAGAUGAAACAAUGUGAAUUGUUUUUAAAUCUACUGCUAAGAGAUAUCGACUCCAGUGACUGACUCAUUCAGCUGCAGUCAGUGAACACGUUAUUUGUAAUAACUGUAAAUAUCACAUCUCGUGAAUCAUUGAUUGUUUAUUAUUGUAAAUAUAUUUGAAGUUUGUGCAAGAGCUCACCAUACAAAAUUUAAA